ACGACUGCAUCUCCAACAACCACAACAGCCGCACCAACAUCCACUACGGCAUCUCCCACAACCACAACAGCGGCACCGACAACCACAAAAGCAGCACAAACAACCACAACAGCAUCACCAACAACCACGACUGCAGCUCCAACAACCACAACAGCCGCACCAACAACCACGACUGCAGCUCCAACAACCACAACAGCCGCAACAACAUCCACUACUGCAUCUCCCACAAACACAACACCGACUCCAACAACCACAACAGCAGCACAAACAACCACAACAGCAUCACCAACAACCACGACUGCAUCUCCCACAACCACAACAGCCGCACCAACAACCACGACUGCAUCUCCAACAACCACAACAGCCGCACCGACAUCCUCUACUGCAUCUCCCACAACCACAACAGCGGCACCAACAACCACAACAGCAGCACCAACAACCACAAAAGCAGCACCAACAACCACAACAGCCGAGGCAACAACCACGACUGCAGCUCCAACAACAACAACACCGACUCCAACAACCACAACAGCAACAGCCACAACAGCCGCACCAACAACCACGACUGCAUCUCCAACAACCACAACAGCCGCACCAACAUCCACUACUGCAUCUCCCACAACCACAACAGCGGCACCAACAACCACAACAGCAGCACAAACAACCACAACAGCAUCACCAACAACCACAACAGCGGAGGCAACAACCACGACUGCAUCUCUAACAACCACAACACCGACUCCAACAACCACAACAGCAACAACCACAACAGCCGCACCAACAACCACAACAGCCGCACCAACAACCACAACAGCCACACCAACAACCACGACUGCAGCUCCAACAACCACAACAGCCGCAACAACAUCCACUACUGCAUCUCCCACAACCACAACACCGACUCCAACAACCACAACAGCAACAACCACAAAAGCCGCACCAACAUCCACUACUGCAUCUCCCACAACCACAACAGCAGCACAAACAACCACAACAGCAUCACCAACAACCACAUCAGCGUCAGCAACCACCACAACAGCAGCACCAACAACCACAACAGCCGGGGACACAACCACUACUGCAUCUCCCACAACCACAACAGCGGCACCAACAACCACAACAGCAGCAACAACCACGACUGCAGCUCCAACAACAACAACACCGACUCCAACAACCACAACAGCAACAGCCACAACAGCCGCACCAACAACCACGACUGCAUCUCCAACAACCACAACAGCCGCACCAACAUCCACUACUGCAUCUCCCACAACCACAACAGCGGCACCAACAACCACAACAGCAGCACAAACAACCACAACAGCAUCACCAACAACCACAACAGCCGAGGCAACAACCACGACUGCAUCUCUAACAACCACAACACCGACUCCAACAACCACAACAGCAACAACC